AAUCUCCGCCUGAUUGGGCUGCCUUGGUAUAUAAAUCGAGCUAACUCCCAUUCCCGCUUCACAAAAAACCGCGAGGUUUACUGCUCGUACUUCCUCAAAGCACAGAAAUGCAGCGCGUCUGUGACAAGAAAACAUCAUUGCAUUGAUGAAUCGUUGAGGUCAGGUUGGUGUUGCUGUGAGGGAAUGGGUGCUUUCCCUCGCUGGUCCAGAUGGAGAAUAAAGGGAGCGACGAGGUGGAAAAAUUGAAGACAAAGUUCAUGUCAAUGUGGCACAACAUGAAGUACAGUUGGGCACUUAAAUCCAAGACUGCAUUCAGUAGAAGCUCCCCAGUGUUUCUUCUGGGAAAGUGCUAUCAUUUUAAGGCAGACGAUGAUGACUAUCCCUCUGAAGACUUUCAGGGAUUCUCUGUCAUGGGGAACGUAGAGGCUUUCCGAAAGGAUUUUGCGUCUCGUUUGUGGCUGACGUACCGGGAAGAUUUCCCUCCGCUGCCAGGUAGCACCCUGACCUCAGACUGUGGCUGGGGCUGCAUGCUGAGGGCCGGGCAGAUGAUGAUUGCUCAGGCUCUUGUUCUGCACUACUUGGGCAGAGACUGGUGUUGGCCAGAGGCGCUCACCCUCCCGCCUUUAGAUGUAGAAUCACGGACCACCACAGCAGCUAAGCGAUUUGUCACCUCUAUGCAGGCUUCUCUGCAGAGCACCUCCAGGAUUUCUGAAAGCAGAGCGUCUCUUGCACCUCAAGCCCAGGUGUUGGGAUUCGCAGAGGAAGCGGAUACACAUUUAAACGAGGAGUACCACAGAAAUCUGGUGUCCUGGUUUGCAGAUGUCUCCUCAGCUCCACUGGGCCUGCACAGACUGGUCCAUUUAGGAUCGGCAAUGGGAAAACAGGCAGGGGACUGGUAUGGUCCAGCUUUGGUAGCACACAUCUUGAAGGAAGCUGUCAAGGAAGCGACGGAGCCUGGCUUGGCGGGUAUAACUGUCUACGUCUCCCAGGACUGCACAGUGUACAGUUUGGAUGUCAUGGACUGUCACAAGGCACCGAAGGCAGGAGAAGCCUCAGGUGAGGCAGCAGAGGGUCCUGCUGUUGUACAACACACUGAACUGUCAGCGACCGCCAUGCUGCCAGAGACCCAAGCAGUCAUCAUCCUCAUACCUGUGAGGCUGGGAGGAGAAAGGACAAACCCGGAGUAUUUUGGCUUUGCAAAAAAGAUGCUGAAUCUGGAGUACUGCAUAGGAAUCAUCGGAGGGAAGCCCAAGCAUGCCUGCUACUUUGUCGGAUUUCAAGAUGACAGCUUGAUUUACAUGGACCCUCAUUACUGUCAGUCUUUUGUGAAUGUCAGUACCAGCGAUUUCCCUCUUCAGUCAUACCAUUGCCCCUCGCCGAAGAAGAUGCCUUUUAGCAAGAUGGAUCCAAGCUGCACUUUUGGUUUCUAUUCUAAAAGCGCUCAAGAUUAUGAGCGAAUCAGGGAAGAACUGUCCAAGUUGCUGGAGCCGACAGCAAAAUAUCCAGCGUUUACUUUUGUGCAAGGUCGCAGCACAGAUUAUGAGCUGCCGGUGGAUCUGAGCGCAGAGAAGCGGGAAUGGCACUUUCCUAGGGAUGCACGCAGAACCUUCACUACGUCCGGAGACUUUGUGCUGCUUUGACGGUACAAGAAAUCACUCAUAACGAUUCUGUUGAAUCCACUGCAUCAUGUCAGUUUUUGUCUGGCAGUGCAAACAGUGGAUUAUUUUUGGGAAGUUAUGCAACAUUAUGUGGUGGUCUACUGAAUCUAAAUUCAUAACAUUUUUUACAUGUAGAAUUAAGAAAUCUGUAUUUUGCAUUACCAUUUGUAUUUUUGUAGUCAGUAUGUUUAUAUCAAAAUGGUUCAGAUAUCUGAAGUUGGGUUUCAUUCAUAAAAUUAACUUGACUCAACAAAACAAAUCCAACUUUGGAAGGUCAAACAUUUACAUUAGAAAGAAGCACAGCUUGCACUUUGAUACAACAGCAUUGUUUUGCAUCUAAACUAACUGAAGUCUGUAGUGUGGUUAGUUUGUAGGGAAUAAAUUAACAACCGUAAUGUUUUGAACAAAGCUAUAAAUCAUCUUUAAAAUAUAUAUAUAUUUUUUUCCAAAUGAAACCCCAGGUUUAGGAUUUGGUUGCAUUUGUUUUGAAGAUAUUUGUAUAACUUUGUCCUGAUCUCUGUGUCAUGCAGACAUGUUUGGAAUAAGAUCUCCAGCUAGAGCAGCACUCUUUAUAAUCAGUGCUAGUAAAUACUAAGUCAUGUUGUGCUAACUUAAAAUGGUAGCACAACCUAAAUUUGACUUGUUCAGUUUGUCAUGAUUGAUCAAAUGCACAAAAUUGUAUCCAAUGACUCUACAUAAUUGGUUGAAGCAUUUUCAAGUAGACAAAUCAUAAAAUGGUCCUAAAAUGUAGUUUUAGCAGCUGUAAAAAAGUUAAAUUGUAAACCCAUAGUACUGGGCAGCCUCUUCUAGAAAACAUGUUGCCACUUUUAAUGAAAUGCAAAAAAAUUUGAUGUCAGUAAUAAGUAGCCUGAACUAAACAAAACAUCUGCUUUUAAACUUGGAACUAGAACAUUAUUUGGGUUUGACGUUGUACCCAGAACCAAGUUUCAACUUCAUAGGUAAAUGGACCAAAGCAUAAAUGGC